AUGUCUAACGCCACCCUCUCCUCCAAGCAGACCAUCGAAUGGGAAAACAAGUACUCCGCCCACAACUACCACCCUUUGCCCGUGGUCUUCCACAAGGCCAAGGGUGCGCACGUGUGGGACCCAGAGGGUAAGCAAUACCUGGACUUCCUCAGUGCCUACUCCGCCGUCAACCAGGGUCACUGCCAUCCUCACAUCAUCAAGGCCUUGACCGAGCAAGCGCAAACUUUGACUCUGUCCUCCAGAGCGUUCCACAAUGACGUGUACGCAGAAUUCGCCAAGUUCGUCACCGAGUUUUUCGGCUUCGAAACCGUUUUGCCCAUGAACACCGGUGCAGAGGCCGUCGAGACCGCGUUGAAGCUCGCCAGAAGAUGGGGGUACAUGAAAAAGAACAUUCCUCAGGACAAGGCCAUCAUCCUUGGUGCAGAGGGUAACUUCCACGGCAGAACUUUCGGUGCCAUCAGUUUGAGUACCGACUACGAAGACUCCAAGCUGCACUUCGGGCCCUUCGUGCCCAACGUUGCCAGUGGUCACGCCACCCACCAGAUCAGAUACGGCCACGCAGAGGACUUCAUCCCUAUUCUGGAGUCCGCCGAGGGUAAGAACGUCGCCGCCAUCAUCCUGGAACCAAUCCAAGGUGAGGCCGGUAUUGUCGUGCCCCCUGCAGACUACUUUCCUCAGGUCGCCGCGUUGUGCCGCAAGCACAACGUGUUGUUGAUCAUCGACGAGAUCCAAACCGGUAUCGGCAGAACCGGUGAGUUACUGUGCUACGACCACUACAAGACCGAGGCCAAGCCAGACAUCGUUCUGUUGGGUAAGGCCCUUUCCGGUGGUGUGCUACCAGUCUCAUGUGUGUUGUCCUCCCACGACAUCAUGUCCUGUUUCACCCCGGGCUCCCACGGUUCCACCUUCGGCGGUAACCCAUUGGCCUCCCGCGUCGCCAUUGCCGCUCUCGAGGUCAUCCGCGACGAGAAGCUAUGCCAAAGAGCCGCCCAACUGGGCGGCUCUUUCAUCGCCAAGUUGAAAGCUCUACAAGAAAAGUCUAACGGUGUCAUCUCCGAGGUCCGUGGUAUGGGUCUGCUCACUGCCAUCGUCAUCGACCCCUCCAAGACUAACGGCAAGACCGCAUGGGACUUGUGUCUGCUCAUGAAGGACCACGGCCUCUUGGCCAAGCCCACCCACGAUCACAUCAUCAGACUGGCCCCUCCACUGGUCAUCUCCGAAGAAGACUUGCAAACCGGUGUCGAAACCAUCGCCAAGUGUAUCGAUCUGUUAUAA